UGACAUUUAAACGUUCCGCAUAUUCACAUGUGGGCUCCACAAAUGAAAACAAUGUGCAUUGCUUUAUAGUUUAUUUAAUUUUGGAGUGAUACUAAGUAUAAAUCUCUAAUAUGCCACCCGUAUCACAAGAAGGUAAUUGUCUCAUAUACCGAGGCAGCAAUUUUUUAAAACAGCGCCUAAUACUCUCUUGCCUUAGUGGCAAACCCGUAAAGAUAACACAUAUUCACUUGGAUGAUGACACGGCUCCGGGUUUGCGCGAAUUUGAAAUAGGACUAAUAAGAUUGCUAGAUAAGCUAACAAACGGCACCAAAAUUGAACUCAAUCCAUCAGGAACCUCUGUUCUAUUUACACCGGGUCUCUUGCAUGGCGGUGUGCUGCAUCAUGAUUGUUGUUUUCAACGUGGUGUAGGCUAUUAUUUGGAUGCACUGAUAGCUUUAGGUCCAUUCUGUAAAAUUCCAAUCAAUGCAACUUUAAAAGGAGUAACAAACAGUAAAGACUCGCCGUCAGUUGAUCACAUAAAAGGCUCUGCGUUACCAGUUCUCAAACGAUUUUUAGUUGUGGACGAAGGUUUAGAGCUUAAAGUGGUUAAAAGAGGUGCUGCACCUCUUGGCGGCGGUGAAGUGCAAUUCCGUUGCCCAGUACGUAAAAACUUACGUUCACUGCAAUUUCAAUCCCAAGGCAUGGUUAAGCGCAUACGCGGCACCGUUUACGCAUGCAAAGUAUCACCUGCAAUGGCCAACCGCACUGUAGAAGCAGCAAAGGGUGUGAUGUUAAAAUUCCUGCCCGACGUAUAUAUAUACACUGAUCAAAAUCGUGGUAAAAUGUCUGGUAAUUCACCAGGCUUCGGCAUUUCUUUGGUAGCGGAGACAACGGAUGACGUUUGUUAUGGCGCUGAAAGUAUAUCAAACGGCAAAGAAGAAGGGAAAGAUCCUUCUAUACCUGAAGAUUUGGGUCGCGAGGCUGCAAUGAAAUUACUUGAUGAAAUUUACCGUGGCGGUUCAUGUGACUCAACAUAUCAAUGGCUUGUCGCCCUCUUUAUGGCAUUGAGCCAGAAGAAUGUUUCCAAAUUUUUAACGGGUCCACUUUCUACAUAUACGAUACAUUUUCUACAAAAUUUACGCGAUUUCUUUUCAAUAACGUUUAAGUUAGAAAAUCCUGAAAAUGAUGACGAAGAAGAUGCUUUGCCAGGUGCUCAAAAAGUGUUGAUGACAUGUGUUGGCAUCGGCUAUACGAAUAUAAGCAAACGUGUAAAUUAAAAGAGACAAUAUUGCGUUAAUCAUACUAAAUUAAUAAAAAAUUAAAAACUCCUAAUAGAUUGUGUUUAUAAAUAGA